AAGCUCACGUGUCCUGUUUUUCCUUUGCCUCCCCCCUCCCCAACUCUCCACAUCUCUCUCCCUCACAUCAUGUUAGCCUCUUCUAUCCAUCACUGCAGAACCAGGAUGGAGAAAUUUCACUCUCCCUCCUUUUGCCUAUACCUAACUCUUCCUUGAUUUUGAUCCCCUUCCCUUCAUCUGUACCUCUCUUUCCUUCCCUCACUGUCCCCUUUAUCCCUCCUCCCCUUCUCUUUCUCUCUUAGCAACAAUUCAAAGAGGAAAAAAAGAAAGGAGGAGAGAAGAAGACAACGAAGAAAGAGGAAAGGACCAGUGAGAAUCCCAGACUUUCAAUGCAAAGCAAAAGGAAACGAAGAAAGGGCACCACUGCGAGCUGUCUUCCUUGCAUGCUGUACCAACUGGUGCCAGCCCGGGUUCCUAUUAUGAAGACAUUAUGAGCUGCCCGCUACAGACUUGGGUGUUGACUGCUUGCCUCUCUCUGCUGCUUUGUCAUUCAGGUUUUGCUAAGGCGGACACACAACCUGGUGAUUUGCGGAGGCAGAUCCCAAAUGUCAGCUGGCGCAAGCGAUGGGGGGCUUCGGAAGUCACCUACCCCACUCGGCUAGUGGGGCAAAGCUCUGGGGGAGAAAUCCAGAGGCCUCAGUUGGACACUCGAGUGAGAAGAGAGCCCAGCAGCCAUGGAGGAGGAAGAGGAGAUGGAAAAGGUGACAACCCUGUUAUACAUCUGGCACAAGUGAGCUUCCUCAUCCAUGCCUUUGGCUCAGCUUUCACCCUGGACCUUGAACUGAACCACCACCUGCUCUCUUCACAUUACGUGGAACGUCACUUUGGUCAGGAUGGAAAUGUCAGCCACACCACGGGUGCCGGGGAACACUGUUACUACCAAGGCCAUCUCCGUGGAGAAGUGAACUCUUUUGCUGCCCUGUCCAGUUGUCAUGGCUUGCAUGGUGUUUUCUCCGAUGGAAAAGCCACGUACCUACUGGAGCCUCACGACUCACCUGAGCACCAAGAGGGGCCACUCCCUCACCAAAUCUACCAGACACCUGUGCCUCGCACUGCCCAGAACUGCACAGAACCAGGGUGUUUAUUUGCUGCACUAAACAACCACAUUCCUACUGGGCUCCCCAAACUGCGGCGUCGAAGGCAGGUUCACCGCGGCCAUCGGACCGUCCACAGCGAGACCAAAUUCAUUGAACUCAUUAUAGUCAAUGACCAUCAGCUGUUUGAACAGCUGCGCCGCUCCGUUAUCCUUACCAGCAACUUUGCAAAGUCUGUGGUGAACCUUGCAGAUGUGAUCUAUAAGGAACAGCUGAACACACGUAUUGUCCUUGUCGCCAUGGAGACAUGGGCCUCCGGGGACAAGAUCCAGGUAGACGAAGAUUCCCUGGAGACUCUGAGCGAGUUCAUGAAGUAUCGUCAGGAUGGUCUUCCGGAGCACAGUGAUGCCGUACACCUCUUCUCAGGCCAUACUUUCCGAAGCAGUCGCAGUGGUACGGCUUACAUUGGAGGGAUCUGCUCUGUUGCCCGAGGAGGCGGGGUCAAUGAGUAUGGCAACGUGGGAGCGAUGGCAGUAACAUUAGCACAGACCCUGGGUCAAAACAUUGGUAUGAUGUGGAACAAGCACCGAGCCUCUGCAGGGGAUUGUCGCUGUCCUGACUCCUGGCUGGGCUGCAUUAUGGAGGACACUGGUUACUACCUGCCACGUAAAUUCUCGCGGUGCAGCAUUGACGAAUACAACAGGUUCCUGGCUGAAGGUGGUGGCAGCUGUCUCUUUAACAAGCCCUUGAAGCUCCUUGAUCCGCCUGAAUGUGGUAAUGGCUUUGUGGAGGCAGGUGAAGAAUGUGACUGUGGAUCUUUAGCGGAGUGCUCCAAGGGUGGAGGGAACUGCUGCAAGAAAUGUACGCUCACACAUGAUGCUAUGUGCAGUGAUGGCUUAUGUUGCCGAGGAUGCAAGUAUGAGCCACGAGGUGUCACCUGUCGAGAAGCUGUGAAUGAGUGCGACAUCCUGGAAACAUGCACAGGGGACUCUAGUCAGUGCCCUUCCAAUUUGCACAAGCAGGAUGGCUACUUUUGUGAUAAUGAGCAGGGCCGGUGUUAUGGAGGUCGUUGCAAAACCAGGGACCGCCAAUGCAAUGCAUUGUGGGGACGGGCCUCUGCUGAAAGGUUUUGCUAUGAGAAGCUGAAUGUAGAAGGCACUGAGCGAGGGAAUUGUGGCCGUGAAGCAAACCGCUGGGUGUCCUGUGUCAAGCAGGAUGUGUUGUGUGGCUACCUCCUUUGCGCCAAUGUGACGGGUCCUCCACGUAUUGGUGAACUUCUAGGUGAAAUCACCACAAUGACUUUCUAUCACCAGAAGCGUUACGUUGACUGCAGGGGUGGCCAUGUGCAACUUGUGGAUGGCUCGGAUAUAAGUUACGUGGAAGAUGGGACACCCUGUGGGCCCAACAUGCUGUGUCUGGACCACAAAUGCCUUCCUCUGUCAGCCUUUAAUUUCAGCACCUGUCCAGGCAGCUGGGGUGGCCAGAUCUGCUUUGACCAUGGGGUGUGCAGCAAUGAAGGCCAGUGUAUCUGCUAUCCUGAUUGGACAGGCAAAGACUGCAGUGUCUAUGACCCUAUCCCAGAAACUAAACCUACAGGGGAGACAGAAAAAUACAAGGGUCCCAGUGGCACCAACAUCAUUAUUGGUUCCAUUGCUGGAGCCAUCUUGGUGGCUGCGAUCGUCCUUGGUGGCACCGGAUGGGGAUUUAAGAACAUUCGCAGAGGAAGGUCGGGAGGGGCUUAGCCCCAACUCAUAGCCCUGAUCUUUGCGCUGCUGGGUCUGUAUUCUCAUGCCGUAGGGUGGGGAGGAAGGUCAACGUGCCUUCCUCUCCUCUUCCUGGUCAGCAAAUAACCAACAUCCCACGCCACCAAGUCUUCCAUUGCCUCUUGGAUGGAUGUGGGCAGGAGAGACGCCCUCCCUUUCGGAGGGGGCAAUUUUGCACUGCCUUGCCCUGCCCCACCUUGCACUAUGGGAAGAAACUCCCCUGGACAGCCUCCGGCCUCUGCCUUUCUCUCUUGCCGAGUGCUCCGUUUGUCGUCUCAAGACCACCUUUCCUAGGGGAUGCAGGGCCGAAACAGGAUACUGCUUCUACCCUUAAUGUUUCUACAUCUGUGCCUCACUUUGCUAAGCCCACCAAGGAAUGUUCCAUGUUGGAUACACCAAAAAGCCGUGUUACAAUCCAGGGGCACAGCGUUGUUCCUGUCCUCAGCUUCUGUGCCUGGAAGACACCCUGUCUGCUCCUUCCCUUGGAGUGAACUCAUCAUAUAUGGAUAUGAGUGUAGUCAACUGACCCAUUCCCCCCUCCAUUACAGCCUCCCCAAUGCAUCAGUGCCACUUAUAGUUCUCAUAGGCCUUAUAGUUCUCAUAGACUGAUUGUAGGCAUGUGUCAUCUCCCAUACCUUUUCUAGUGUUCUCAAGCCACAGCAGUGACACAGGGAAAUGCACGUUUAUGACUAGUACGAGCAAAGAAUCUACCACAUAUUUGCCAACUAGACCCACUCCCUCGCUUUCUAUAUUUUGGUCUUUAAAGCCUUGAAAAAGGAAUAUAUUUCCAUGGUGCUGUUCAGAAGCUCAACUAUAGGAGUCAACCAUCCUCGAUUUAGGGGCAAAACAAUAACUG